AGUCUUUGUUCAAUUCAUUCCCAAAUCCAUUUAGCUAGAAGUGCUUUUAAUGUCAAUACUCAGAUCAAUUCAAGCUACUGGCACUUUCAAAAUGGUUCAACACGGUGGCCACUAUCGGAAACGAACUCUGGACUACAGCGAUAAAUAUCGUAAUCUAGCAAAGUUCACAACCGAUGUGGAGCACUUCCUGGAGGAGUACGACACGAUUGUCGAAUACCGGCAGAUUUAUCGCCGUGAUUAUGCACGACACCUCAGAGAAAUCAGAUCUAACUUGCAACUGCUCAUAACAAAAUUACAUCUAAUUGGGGCCGCUGGUUGCCGCAAUCAACUUUACUGGGAGCUAUUCUGCUGCGGAACUCUUUUCGAAAAUCUCAACGAGCUAAGGGAGCAUUACUUUCGUUUCCAUAAUACUCCUCGUUUGUUGCAUCCAAAUAUUGUUGAACUGGAAUCAGGCCACGGAAAACUGGAGCAUUUUAGAAGACGGCUGCAGGAAUACCUCAAUUAUGGGACAGAAUAUACUGCGGUUUUGUUGGUGAACCUCCAAAAAAUUUUGAAAAAUGUGAAUCACACUAUUCAGGUAGACGAUAUGCGAAACGAUGAAGGGUUUUCUAAAACGGACCAACAAAUAUUCAAAUGGAGAGAAUUCGCACCAAAAAUAAUACGUUUCCACACAACAAUAAAGUCAUGAGACAAUAUUAUGUCUCAUUAUUGAAUUACUGAAUAUGUCAACAACAUAUUAAAAAAACAACAUAUUAAAAAAUGAUACAUGUUAGUAUUAUUGUUAUAUGUAUUUAUGGCUCUUUACCAUUAUCAUGACAUUCGUGUCGGAAAUGAUACAUGUGUGUGUAACAUAAUCAUACAUAAAAGUAUAAAAGUAGAAUAUAUAAAAAAUGUUUUCAUCCGGAACAUUCAAAUAAUAAAAUAGUUGUGUUUAUUCUGC